AUGAUACCGCAUCGAAGCACGGCUCUAUUUUCCCUCGUCGUCUUUGUGGCGCUCCUGCUCUUUGUUUACUCGCCCUCCGCUAUUCCUGACCCUGAAGAAGAGGACGCCUCGGAACCAACGAAGAAUGGAGCCCUGCCCAACCUGCCGUCAUUAAACAACUUCCAUUUGCCUUCGCUGCGCGCUCCCGCCCAUGAACCACCUCCAGAGCAAAAGGACAGCACGAGUGGCGAGUCGAAAUGGUUCAGCAAUUGGGAAUGGUUGAACCCAUUCUCAUCCGCUGUCACGUUGGAUGAAAAGCGCGCCGUUCUCCCCCCGCUUCGAGAACGACGACCGAUCUACACCUACUACAAUCCGAAAUUCAACCCCAAGAAACACAAGGGCAAUGAUUUGAAGCUCGGUCAAGAUGCAGACCAGCAGUUGCUGCUCGCUUGGCGACGGGCAUGGUUUGCGCAGGGAUUCCGGCCUGUGGUUCUCACUCCGGGCGAUGCCAUGAAGAACCCUCACUUCGAGACGGUUCAGAAAAUUAGGCUCAGUUCUGACAUGGAAAAUGAGGUGAUGCGUUGGCUAGCGUGGGGACACAUGGGGACGGGGAUUCUCGCCGACUUCCAUUGCUUUCCCAUGGCACGAUACGACGACGAUCAACUGAUCUCGCUUCGUCGCGGUACUACAUCAGAACUCAUCACACGAGUUGAGAACUUCAAGGGCGCCUUUUAUGCUGCGGAGAAGGCGCAGAUCGACGAGGCGCUCAAUGCUGCCGUCCCGAAACUCAACGAGAAGUUCACCGUUUUAGCAGACCUAAUAUCACCGGAGCUGUUCCAGGCCCAGAAAUUUCCUGCCCUGGCGCUCUAUCGAACGUCAUCCCUUACGACUCACUACCCGAUCGUCGCAGAGAAAAUCAACAAAAGCCCCAGCACAGGCCGACUAGCUUUGGUUCAAUUGAUCAAUGCGCAUCUCCACAAUACUUUCCAGAAUGCCUUCCCCGCGGGGUUGGCGGUGCUGAAGCCCUUGCCCCAGCACACCACGGCCCUGGUCGAGCCGGCCUUGCGACUGGCCAAGGCUCUCAUCCAAUGUCCCGAGUCACCCAUGCCUAAUUCUUGUCCCCCCAACCUCCCCGACUGUCGCGCUUGCGGCGCUAGCAAGCAAACCAUGCGUAUCAGUCAACCCGACAACUACAAAAACACCACCUUCCUCUUUACGAUUGGCACCAUCCCUCAUCCGUACACUCUCGUCAGUCUGCAGAUGAACACGGAACAGAUUACGACGCGACAGAUCCGCCGCGACACCGCGCGUGAUCCGUUCCUCACUGGCAUAACCAAGGACCACCUCGGACCCGAUCUGGGUAGUUCCAGCCGAGGAGUCGUGUUCAAGCAAAUGGUCGCCUCCGACGAGGCUGUUGGCUCAUCUUUGUGGAUGACUGUCGAAUCGCUUCCUUCCGAGGCAGGCCAAAGUCUCCCUUCGGAACUCCUGGAUGAAUUCGAAUGGCAGUUUGGAUUCAAGAUCCCCCGCGGCGGCAAGAUUGACCCGAAGACAGAGAAUGACAAGGAAAGCGUGCAACACAGGAACCCGAGCCAGCAGGGGGUUCGACAGGAGUACGACCUGAUCACCAAGGCCCGGGAAAUCAUUCGGAGCAAGGGCACCAACCGCAUCAAUGUCAAAGAUGUUACGGAGGCCUGGAAUCUGGCAGAUACUGAGGCAUGGCGAUUUGUGAAGGCUUACCGGGCCCGAAGUGUGGUCGAACGUAGAAAGUGGGAGGAAGCCGAGAGGACUUUUGCGGGAUCUCGACAUUGA